AUGGAUCCAUGGAAGAACUGGACAAGAUGCUCUCUUCUUUGGGUGUUCUGCUGUUAUUACCUCUUCCUCCUCACUGUUGCAAGUCCUUUGCCCUUGAACCAAACAGGCACGCUAAAUAAUCAGUCCUGCAGCCUUAGCCGAAAUCACUUCAGGAAGUUUGCCUUCAAGAACAUGACCUAUACCGUGGCCAGAGAGGCAAGAGUUUAUGAUAAGGACACAGUUAACAGGUUUGUGGGACAAGAUUUAUACAUCAACGUCACGAGGAAUGAACAUUGCUACUUAAUGAAAAGAGUAACAGAUACUGUCACACAUGUCCUCCAUGAUCUGAAGAACCCAAAUCCCAAUUUCCAUGAAGUAAUAUAUUUUUUUGCGCAUUUGACUACAGAACUGCGUGACUGUAAACCAACAGCAGAUACAACAUACAUAGAAGGAAAUUUGAAAAGAAUGAAAAAUAAAUUAGAACAGUUGGGAGACAAUGGAAUGAACAAAAUGAUUGGUGAACUUGAUUUGCUAUAUGACUAUCUGAGGGAUGCGUGCGCUUCAAAGAAAGCAAGCAAGGGGCACCAGGGCAAGAAGAACAAUGGAUGA